AUGACAUCAGUAGCACAAGGAAGUGGUAGUCGCGAGAUAUAUUUGAACUUGCAUCCCUCAACAAUAUCCAUUGACGAUAUCGACCAGUUCCAGGAGUUCAAUAACUACUUGGAUAAAGCAAUCUUACAAGAAAAUGGCACUGAUAAUAACAGUACUGCUUCCUCAAACUCAUCUUAUGACUAUGAUAGAAGUGUAUCGCCUGACAUCGUCAAUAAUAUGACUGCAUCAACUCCAAAUACCUCAGCCGAUUCGACGCCAAAUGACUAUCCUUUCCACGACUCUCAAAUUUAUUCAAUGAAAAUCACAGAAACACAAAAGAGCGUGGAAGAUGGACCUAGAAGAAAACCAUCUAUAUUCAGAAAACGCUUCCAAACCUCUGGGAAUCGCGAUGUGUCUCAUCUCGCUUCUCAUGGUACAAAAACCAAGAAAUUGGCUAGCAUUGGCCACAAGUUCAAGAAACUAACGAGGAAACACCUCGAUCUGAAUUCUCAUAUAAAUUAUAUCGAAGAAACAUCUUCGUCUGAACAUUUGGACUUUGGUACCAAUGAUAUUUCUAUUGAUGAUAUGCCAACUAAAACUAGCAUUGCAUAUGCUGAACCUGCAAAUCAAAUUGUUCAAAACAGCCCUCAAUAUUCCUCCACUCCUUCUGUCUUCAUCAAAGGAUCUCCAUCGCCUAACCACCUAUAUUCAAAUAUCAACAGUAGUGGCUCACAGAUUAGCAGCAGCGUUAAUGACGGGGAGGAAUAUUUUCAGUUGAAUAUCGGUAACGACACAGGUUAUGAUGUCUCUACAAAUUUUCCAGGAGUUGAUUUACCACUGGAUAGUGGUUCUCAAAAUGAAUAUAUCACUAGCUCAUCAUUGCUUUUUACAUCUGCUGAAUCAAAUUUGCUACAUCAACCAAAUCUUAAGGGCAAUGAUUCUCACCUUGAUAAAUCAGAUGUUCUUGGAUUCGCCCCUCCAAAACCACAUCCUUUGAAGGCCUUCAGCAUGAAUAAUUUUGAAGACGAUCAUCUGGAAAUCCACUCAAACUUGGUGUCUCCAUUGACUCCAUCUACAUUUCAACUUCCUCAAUGGUCUAGAAGUGCUAAAGGUCAUUCAAGUGUCAGCAAUAUUUUGACGUUGAAUAAUAAUAAUAACAAUUGUGAAAAUGAUAGAUCGGUUACAUCUCCACUCCAUGAAUCUCUGUCAUUUGAACAGAUGGCGUUAUCAUCACAAUAUAUAUCAAAUAACGGAAACAGAGAAAGUCAGCUCAGUGCUGCUACCAUAGACAUUGAUGAUUCACCAGACAUUGAAAUUCCUGAAAGAAAGAGGCCAUACGCAUCACCAAAUCAAGAUGAAACUGAUAAUGGACCCAAAGCAACAGCUUUCCCAACGGAUGAAACUUUAAAUAUUGAUUCGUCCAUAAACUUCCAUAAUAAUGAUGAUUGUGCCACUUUGAACAUCGACGAUACCUUUAAUAUAGAUCAAAAUAGCACCAUGAAUAUCGAUGAUGAUGAUGAUACUGCUUAUGCUCAAAUCAAACAGGUUAUGGAAAAGAUUAAGGAAAUUGAUAAAAAGAAUGGGUUUUCUCCACAAAAAUCAUUACAUUCUCAAGAAUCAGAGAAACCAACAUCAACUAAUGAUUCCUUGGAUAUCAAUGAAAAUAAUAUUGAUCUAGACCACUAUACUAUCUACACUAGUUUUCCUCAGACUUCUCAAAAGCAACAGCAACCUUUUUCCCAUUCGGCGCAAAGCACCCCAGCAAGAAGAGCUCCUACUGUUUCAAGAAAGUUCAAGACCACUUCAAUCAAUACCAAAUUGGAUCUUUUUAUUACCAACAUUAAUUCUCAAGUUGACUUGAAUAAAAUUGUCGAAGGCAAUGCUGCAAAUGAAGAUAUGGUUGAAUUGGAGACUCCUUAUAUUGAAGAUGAAAUAGAUAAUAAUAUUGUUAGAGAGAGUAUGGCUAGUGCCACAGACUUCGAUGUCAUAUCACAGGUCAAAGAAGACGAAGAUUUCAAUCCGUACAAAGUAUUGACGGAAAAUCCAUAUUCCCCACUAUACAAUCAAAAAUCUCAGGAUAAUACUGGAAUUUAUAGUUCACUUGGUGUGGAUAGCACUGAUCUGUUGAACGACGGGAAGUCCUCUUAUUAUGCUCACUCUCGUGAAAAUUCUGAAGAUUUACAUGAAAAUCAAUUUAUGAAGAUGUCUGGAAAUAAUGAAAACAUCCAGCAUAGAAGGCAAUUCAGUGAAAUUGUCGCCUUGGAUAAUCCUUUUUCUAGCCAAAAAUUGGCCACAAGCUCAAAAGAUGUUGGUGAGACAGGUAAAGGUCAUGAUUCUCCCGAUUUCUUUGGAAAUUUGGAUAUUUCAUCUAAUGAUUUCUUUAGUGAUAUUGUUAACGAGGCUAAUGAUCGUAUCAAUAGUCUUUCGAUUGAAGAAUCCACUGAUUCCUUUGGUAUGAAUGAUGCUGUAUUGGAUGAUAGUGACAUGAUCGCGAAUAGAAACUCUAAUAUCUCUUCCUCAUCUUCAGCUGAUUCUGCUGAUACUACUGAUACUACUGACUCCCCUCAAUCCUCAGUAUUAUCUCCACCAGCCCCUCAAAUGAUAAAUGACUCUCAAGAAUCGGUCAACAUGGUAAGCCACUCAAUGAAAUCCGAUUUGAAAAUGAUUAGUGGGUCAAUCUAUAACCCUUUUGGGACCAAAAUGGCGGUAAAUCCAUUUGAUUCAAAGUCUGAUUUGAUUGCCGGUGACGUUGAAGUGAUAUGUGAAGAUGAAUCUGAAAUUCAAGAACUGAGCAACUCAAUCUCGUCAUCACACCAACCUCGAUCUGCUUCAGGAAAUGUCUCUUUGCAGGAACAGAAGCAAAUUAUUCGUGAAAAAAGGUUGCAGAAGCUUCAACAACAACAAAAACAGCAGCAGCAGCAAAUCUCGAUAGAAUACCACGAGCAGGCCUCUAGGAAGUUUAAUGUCGGUUCAAUGUAUACUGGUCCAAGACAUGGCUAUGGUUACAUCGAUGCUUCAUCCCAUGCCUCCAAUUGUAGAAGGAACACCAGAUCAAAGAAGCAAAUGUCAGUGUCAAUGAGCAAGCACAAGUCUUCCAAUCCAAAUUUGAGACUGCGUAAAUCCUCAUUAGUGCUGGGUGAUAAUAAUGGUCAUUCUUCUGCUCCGCCAUUGCCACAGUUCGAUAAUUUCUAUGACUAUAAUGAUAAUGAGCAGCGUCAACAACUUUCUCCAGCUUUAUCAUCAUCAAGUGCAGGAAAUUAUCAAUUAGAUAGUCAAAUUGAUGAAGAUACUGCAGAUUUGGUGUUGUUGAAUAAGAAUUUCUUUGUCACUAACGGCAGAAGGACAAAUGACAUUUAUCACACUAUGAAGUCGGAUUCCAGCUCCAGAAAGCCUUCAAAACGUCACUUAAGGGAAGAUAAUACUACUGGCAUGACGGCCUACCAAAAAUAUAUUAAUACUAAGAACUCCGCGAAGCAGGUAUCAAAUAGUAAUGACUCCAGCAGGAGAGACUCGGUUGCUAGCACUGUGGUGCGUAAUACUGUAUACCAUGAAAUUGCUAGAAAUGAUGUGGAGGUGCUGAAUGAGGGUAAAAGCAUUAUCGAUAUUUAUAACAAGUACCAAAAGAAAGACCCGAGUUUGUUUAGAAGCACCACUGUCACUGCCAAGGAUAUUUCUGAAGUGAAAUUAGACGAAUCUUUGUUUGUUGGUGUCAAUGAAGCAAGAUACUCUAGAUCUAGUAGUAACAGAUCAUCAGGUUUGAGUACCCUUAGAAGCUCAACCGUAUCAUCAGCAAUGGAUUACCUGAUUGGUGAAACUAGUGACAUUAUUGAAGAACCAAGUUUCGAGAGGUUUAGUAUUAAUAGCAGCCAUGUUGGAUCUACUUCGGGCAGUAGUUCUGUGUCUACCAUUACCAUGAAUGGGGCUUCAAAGGCCAGUGCUGCAAGUAAGGUUGAUAAAAUGAUUAACAACGGAUCACCAUAUAAAUCUUCUUUGGAAUUGAAUGGAAGCACCAAGGAUUUAUUGGAGAGAACUAAUAAGUAUUACUCCUCUAGUAACGUUUCAGUUUCUAUACGCUCUUCCAGUGAUGCAUCUGAGCCACCAAAUAUUAAAUUUCAAAAGAAAACUUCACCUUUGUUGAAAAAUGGACCAAAUACUUCUUCUCCUUUGGCAGAGAGCCCUAGUAAUAUCAAUUAUCCAGGAAUCGGUCCUAAUAACGCUGCUUCCCCAAGAUUUGGAUCUCCUAAUGUUAAUCUUUCAAGAAUGGGAUCUUUUAAUGUGCCUUCUCCAAAAUUGAAAUAUGGUAAAGGCUCUCCUGUCAUAAAUCCACAUGGAUUGUCAAUGAUGGUAACUUCUCAGUCGGGAAGAUCUAAUACUGAGAUGGCGAAGUCUGAAAUGUCAACACCAAAAUCUUUGGGCUAUCAUAAGAUGUUACCAGAUUUGGGAUCACCAGGUUUUGGAUUACCAUUAUUUGCGAGCGGGUCACCAUUGGUGAACCUGCCAAAGAUGGUAGGAGUUGGGUCUCCUAUAAGUGAUAAUAGUCCCAAAGUCACUUAUAAUACACUGGGCUACUAUAUUGGAUCUCCUGCCACUCCUGAAGUGCCACAGAAGGCCAGCAUGAAUCACAACUCUACCAGAAACAGUCCUAGAACAACAGUUAUGUCACCUCGUCAGACUAAUCAAAUUUCUGAUCGUUACACCAAAUCAAUGUCCAGUUAUUCUGCACUUACAGCGCCAUUCCCAAUUGCUGGUGGGGAUUUCAAUUUAGGCGCCGAUGCCCCAAUGCUUCCCCAUUUGCCACAAAUUCCAUUAUCCAAUUCUCCGAUAGAUAAUCGCAAUAUUAGUACUGAUGUCAUUAUUGACAUGAAGACUCAAGGAUUGGAUUUCCAAGUCGAUAGCGAAAGUGUGGCAGUUGAGGAGAACGCUUUGGGAAUUGAAACCCACAAGAGAAGUAGUUUGAUGAGAAUGGUUUCUGUUGAAGAUUUGCCAAACGCAGAUACAAUGCAAGAUAUCUUUGAGAAUUUGAACUAUAAUCAAGGUAUUACUUACUAA